AUGUCAGGGACACCAAAUGCAGACGCUGAAGGAGUAGUCUCCAAAGUACAAGUGAAAAAGGAGAUCAAGACAAUCGUGGAGAAUUUGGAAACCAUCCUGGGAGACCUCAAGGAUGUAGCCAAAGAGCUCAAAGAGGUUGUUCAUGAGAUUGACACCCUGACUUGUGACCUGCAACUGGAGGAGGACGGACUGACAGACAGCUCUAAGACGGACACGCUCAACUCCAGUUCGAGUUCCACCACCACCACCACCACUGCUUCCAGCCUGGAAAAGAUGAAGCUCUUCCCCGAUGACUGCAUCUUUAAAACACCUGCGCCCAUCAUCCCGGUCCCUGUCACCCCUCCUGCAGUACUGACUGUACUCAAGAAACCCCACCCGCCCCUACCACCACCGAGACAUACCACACUAAGAGCCGAGGAUCACAACAUUAAGAAUCUGCCUCAUCCAACAUUAGUGUUAUCAGGGAAUAUAUCCAAGGCUAACGGGUCUCUGUUGAGGAAUGGCGGGGUUUUCCCGUUGAAACCAAACAGGGAUUUAUUCUCCUCCACACCGUGUUUCAUUUCUAGUGACAGCGGGAUCCCUGAGUCGGGGCUUGUUCCUACAUUGCCUAGACCCAUGCCACUACUCCGUCAUGAAAAGAACAAAUGCCCCAAGGCGCCCGGCAGGGAGCCUCGCGAGAGGGAGCGUGUCCGUUUCAGUGAGAAGGUCCAGUACCACGGUUACUGUCCUGACUGUGACCUCCAAUAUGAUGUAGACGACACAGAACUACACUUACAGGCUGAGCUGAAUGACUUGAGGCUCAGCCCAGUGCAUUGCUGCUCUUCCUCCUCCCCUCCUCCACCUCAUGCUCUUCCUCAUGAUCUAAUGUUGGAAAACGGUGGCCUCUCCGUCAGCCACAGUUUCCCGCCGACAGCAAAUACUCCUCCACCUUGUGUGCCUCCUCACCCACCUUCCCUCAAGCCCCAGAAAACAAUCCUACGCAAAUCAACCACCACAACGGUUUGA